UCCAGUGACUGCAGAAACUAGUCUUCCACUUAAGCUUGCCUGGUAUCCAAGCUAGAGUCCCAGGCUCCUCCAGAGGACUGAGGCCACCAUGGCUCAGGAGAAGUCCCUCAUCCUGUUCCCACUGCUAGUCCUGGUGCUGUUAGUGCUGGGGUGGGUCCAGCCUUCCCUGGGCAGGGAAUCACGGGCCAUGAAGUUCCAGCGGCAACACAUGGACCCAGACGGCCCCAACAACAACUCCAACUACUGCAACCAAAUGAUGAGGCGCCGGCAUAUGACAGAGGGAUGGUGCAAGCCAGUGAACACCUUCGUGCACGAGCCUCUGGUAGAUGUCCAGGCCGUUUGCCUCCAGGGAAACAUCACCUGCAAGAAUGGGCAGCCCAACUGCCACAAGAGCAACUCCAGCAUGAAUAUCACAGACUGUCAUGAGACGAGUGGCUCCAAGUACCCCAACUGUGACUACCAGACCAGCCAGAAAGAGAGGCACAUCAUCGUGGCCUGUGAGGGAAACCCAUACGUGCCCGUCCACUUUGAUGCUUCAGUAGAGGUCUCCAUCGGAGAUCAGAGCAGUGAGAUGCCCCGAGAGUCACCUGUCUCUCCCUCAUCCUUGCUACCACUGAGGGAAAUGACUCAAGCUCCAGGCCCAGAAAAGCAGCAAAACCAGAUGAAGCAAUGACAUCCUGCCUUUGGGACCAGAUGCAAUGACUAAUGAUCUCCUACCCUAGUAGGAGAUCACCACCUUGAAAGGACACACUUGGAAAGCUGAUGAAGAUUCUAUUGAGAUCCUCCCCUGAGACCUCUUCUAAAACCCACACCUUUGGAAAAUACAUAAAAGCCAUCAAGAUGAAGAAGGACCAGGCGCCUCUCUCUCU